AUUUUCGAACUCUAUUGAAAAGUUUUAUACAUUGCCGUCUGCGAAAGGCUCUGCAAAAAGUGUUCAUUUCAUCCGAAACAAUGUCAAAAUAGUAAUUAAAAUAACUAAGUGUAAUUUAUAUUUUCUGCUUUGGUGUACAAUAUGUCGAGAAUCGCAAUCAAAACAGAGAAGCUGGAUGAAGAGCAGGAGGAGAUUGGCAUUGAAAGUAGAGCCGCAGAGGAGGGUGGUGUUAGUAGUCACGAACAUGAAAAAGGUACAUCGGCAGUGGCAGGUAAACAGCACCAUGAAGUGGGACGAAGUGCGAUGCGCCAGCUACAACAAAAUCAACUGCAACCUACUGCUUUGCUAAAAAGUGCUAGUGGCGUUGGUGGGGGAAUUGACAGCAGCUGCGGUCUAGUGAACUCCAGCCAUGAGAUCAAUAGCACUAAAAAACCUACCUUACCGAAGUCACGUUGCGGGGAAGUCUUUGUAUCCAAUAAUGCACGUCAGUGGACAUUUAUUUGCACCUAUUGCAACAAAAGCACACGUGACAUCGGCGAAUUUAUUUGCCACAUUAAAAUAAAACAUUUGGGUGGAUUUACUGACGAAGGUGAUGAAACGGACGAUGGCGAAUACGAGACCACUCAACAAGGAAAUUUCUAUGAACAAGAUCAAGAUUAUUUGGAUUGCGGCAACUAUCUGGACGUAAAUGUGCACACAGAGUCUGAGGACUACAGUUUAAAUGGGCAGGAUAAUUCAACAACAUACCGCCAUACAAGCAGUCAUAAUGCACUACACCGACAAUCGGUGUCUGCUGCAGUUUCAAAGCAAGGAGAAGUUAAAAGACAAGUUGAUUUUAAUAAAAAUAGGAAAAAUAAUAGUGUUGAAGAUGUCACGCUGGAAGACGAGAAAGAACAUGCUUCAGGUACCGUUAAAGAGUCGGCAGCACAGUGGCGUGCCGAUCCAGCAAAUUUCCAAUCUUAUGCAAAUAAGUACACACUAAUAUCCUCCACACCAAAUGUAAAAAUGAAAACUAACGCAACCUCAAAUGGUAAUACUCCUUUCGAUGCUGCCGAUUAUGCUCCGGUUAAGGACGAUUUUGAUACAACCGGCGCUUAUGAAAACGACGAAGAAGAAGAUUUCGAUAAUCAAUUAUUUAUUGCUCCCACUGACUCAUUGGAUGCUAGCAUACUGGGUGGGGCAGCUGAUGGUAGUGGCGGUGAAAUGAAGACGAAACGGCGUCAAAUACGUGGCACUGCAUACUGUGCAUUGUGCAACAAAACCUUCCAAUACUACUCGCUAUACCGCAAUCAUAUGAUUAAACAUUCGAAUGAGACCCCAUUUAAAUGUCCCAUUUGCAAAAAAGGAUUCAAAUCAAAACAGGCCAUACGCUAUCAUAUGAAUACACAUCAGAAAGAGAAACAGUUCAAAUGUUCCAUCUGUAGUGCAUCAUAUGGCACAGAAAACCAUUUCAUCUCCCAUAUUAUGACUCACGAAAGUGCAACCGCAUUUCCAUGUAUGGUUUGUGGUCAAGUGCUGAGCAGUAGUAAGGAGCGAGAUAUUCAUAUGGCCAACCAUAAAGAGGAGCGACCAUUUCGCUGUGACUAUUGUAAUAAACUCUUCCGUUUAAGACAUCAUUUAUCGAACCAUCUGAAGAUGCAUCGUAAAUACCGUUGUGAUUACUGCAAAGAGAUAUUCACUAGUGCUAUCUACUUGCGUAAACCUUACGCUUGUCCUGGAUGCGAAAAUUCGCCCGACGCUCAACAAGAUGCGGCGAAUGCUGCAAACUCCAAGGUAGGACGGGUUAGCGGUAACAAUAGCAUCAACCCGUUGGAGAUUUUUGAAACAGUUAUACCUGGACAACAACAAAGUGAUGACUAUGCACAGAUGGUAACAGAUUCGGAGGGCGAUGGCGAAGGCGAUGAAGAUGUUGAUGAAGACGAAGAUGAAGCCGAUGAUGAUGAUAAUGGUAAUGAACCUCAAGGUACACAAAUGGAUGAAGAUGGUGAUGAAAAUGAAGACAUUUCAAGACGAGAAGCUGAGCAGGAAGAAGAUGAUGAUGACGAAGAGGAGUAUGAGGAAGGGGAAGAACCAAGUAACCACGGCGUCGGCAGUAGUGGACAAGCGAUUGGCGCAUAUGGUGGCAGCAUAAAGCGGUAUGUGUGCAAAUAUUGUUCGCGUAGCUAUUCUCACCCAAGCGGUUUGAACUAUCAUAUACGGCAUAAGCAUUGCUAGUAAGAGAUAUGGAAGCGCAAAAGUGGAAUAUGAAUAGGAGAUAAUGAAUGAAUAGAGAAGGCAGAUAAAUAUAAAAAAAGAGGUUUUUUUUUUUUAUGUGUAUGCACUGACAAAAAAAAUAUUUAGUUUAAAAAAACAAGAGAAAAACGCAAAAGCGCUUUAAAAAAUUCAUAGUAUUUCUAAGAGAUUUAUUACGUUUAAGCAUAAAUAUAUUAUCCUAAUUUUUCUACCAUUGUCAGGUGACCCGAGACUAAAUAUGCUGGUACAAAUAUUACGAAUUACAGUCUUUCCUAAUAACAUCUAGUCUAAUCUUAACCAUUGUGUUGUGUCUACAUACAUAUGUAGGUACUUUGUAUUAUCCUUCGCACGAUACCUCUAAGCUGCCCAUUUUUGUGAUUAUGUUAGUAGCAAUUGGAAGCAUGUCUAGGAUGCUUUUGUGUGCGUGUGAUUUCGACAAACCGAUUGGUUAUUUAGGAUAGCCAUUUUUCAAAGGCAUCUCGGCAGCAAUCUAUUGUACUUCGAUCUACAUACAUAUAUUAUUGUCGUUGUUGUUGUUAUUAUUGUUGUAACAGCACAGAAUAUUUUCCACGCUCGUGCAUAUAUUAUAUUUUAUAUAAUGCUGUAUUUUGGAAGAGUAGGUUGUCAUUCACAACUUUUUGUUCUUUUCGAUUACGGCAACAACGACAUUAAACCUGUCUGUAGUGCAAACGAUAGUUCGAUCUAUAACCGACUGUGGUAAUCAUUCGCUAUAUAUUCACACACUAUUCCGACUGCAUGUAUAAGUAUACCACUUAACUAAAAAAUACUCAAAUGUCAUAAAUUUUCCGUACAACGUACGCAAAUUUGCGUGCAACGUAUGUGUGUAGAAAGCUACUUCUUUCAAUGUUCCUUGCAUUCAAAUUAGUACUCAUAAUUUAUUUAUUUAUUUUUUCUUGCAAGAAUUUUCUCACACACGUGCACAUUAUAUUUCCAUUGUUUUAGUUAUAAUAAACAGUAUUCUUCCACAUAAGCCAUCACAUCCAUUUCGAUAGCAUAGAAUUGUUACAGAACUGAUGAAUGCUAAAAUUUUAACAAACAUAUUUAAAUACUUAUGUACGUACAUUUAUUAUAUUCAUAUGCAUAUUACCAUAUACAUACAAACAUAAAUAAUGUACCGAAAAGCCUUGAAAAGGCCUUAGAGUUAUAUACACAUUCAUAAUGAAGCUACCCAGAUUAUUAUUGAAGAUUUUAGGGAACAAAUUGCUAAAAAUCAGUGACUGCCCAAAAGCUACCGUAAAAUUCUUUCAAAAAUUAAAAAAAUUAUGUAUAGAUUUCAAAUGCUACUUGAAAUUAAGGGUAAUAUUGUUAUAAAUCUGUUUACAGCUGAACAUCUACUUUUUUCGCAUAAAAAUACUACAUUUGUUCGUAAGUGCUUUAGUGUUUAACUUUUUUUUUUUUUUGAGUACAUCAAUUAAGUGCAGCUUUGAAAUUACUUGAAACAUAAUUUAUUGUAAGAUUAUAGUGAAAUUAAGCGAAAUACACACGUAACCAUCAACUA